CUGCCCUUCCGGCAAUCAGUUCCAUUUCAGGUGUUGGAAUCCGCAUAUCGCUUCCUGCUGGGUUCAAUAGCAGGAGCAUGCGGUGCCACCGCCGUCUACCCUAUUGAUUUGGUGAAAACCCGAAUGCAAAAUCAACGAUCUGGGUCGUUCGUCGGUGAAUUGAUGUACAAGAACAGUUUGGAUUGUUUCAAGAAGGUCAUCAAGUUUGAAGGCAUUUUGGGACUUUACCGUGGCUUGCUGCCGCAGAUUGUCGGCGUUGCUCCCGAAAAAGCCAUCAAACUGACGAUGAACGAUUUCGUCAGAGACAAGUUCAACCAAGAGGGCAAAAUUCCGAUAUGGGCAGAAAUCCUCGCCGGUGGCUGUGCUGGUGCCAGUCAGGUUAUAUUCACCAACCCACUGGAGAUUGUGAAGAUUCGCCUCCAAGUUGCUGGCGAGAUUAAAACGGAUGCAGCGAAGAAGUUGGGCGUGUUAACGGUGAUGAAAGACUUGGGAUUCUUCGGUUUGUACAAAGGUGCUCGAGCAUGUUUCCUUCGUGACAUUCCAUUUUCGGCUAUUUAUUUCCCGACAUAUGCACACGCCAAAUUGGCUACAGCUGAUGAAGAUGGAAUUAAUCACCCUGGUUCUCUGUUCGCAUCUGCUUUCAUCGCCGGUGUUCCUGCUGCUGGUUUGGUUACCCCGGCUGACGUCAUCAAAACAAGGUUACAAGUUGCGGCUAGGGCUGGUCAGACCACCUAUAGUGGAGUUAUAGAUUGCGCCCGCAAAAUCAUGAAGGAAGAAGGUCCAGCAGCUUUCUGGAAAGGUACGGCUGCUCGGGUGUGCCGUUCCAGUCCACAGUUCGCCGUCACUUUGCUCGCCUAUGAGGUUCUUCAAAGAGUCUUCUAUGUCGACUUCGGAGGUAUUCGCCCGACUGGAUCAGAGUCUGCCACCACGAGGAAGAUUAUGGACGAGACUUCGUUGAACCCGGACCACGUGGGCGGAUAUCGCUUAGCGGCGGCAACGUUCAGCGGUAUCGAACACAAAUUCGGCCUCUUUUUACCUCGAUUCGAACGUACUGCUCAGUAG